CUGCGCCGCAGGAGGCAUUCGGCGUAUCCAGCAGGGAGCAACGCGGUGCAGCCGGGAAGGGCCCUGCGGGGAAGGAGGCUGGGGCGCUGAGAUGGGACCAAAGAUUAUAAAACCCCGGUGGGUUUAAAAGCCCAAACCCGGGGGCCCUUCUGGCUGCGCUGCCCUGUGCAGCGCUACCUCCCGUCCCUCCCUCGGGCACUGGGGACCUGUGGCGGCCGCUGCCCGGCCCACAAGGCAAACAGGGCCCGGCACCUCCCUCCUUCCCCGCUUAGCAACGGUGCUCCACGCACCGCCGCAGCCCCGGGCCCGCCAGGCCGCCUCGCUCCCACUGCUGGGGCGCUGAGGGGGCCGGAUGCCAGGCGUGAGGCUUUUCCCCUGCCCCGGCUGCCGCAUGCGCUUCAGCUCCCGGCCGCUGCUGCUCAAGCACAUGGAGAGGUUUUGCAUCGGGACCCCGGCGGUGGGGGCGGCCCCGGGCAAGGCAGCGGCGCCGGGUGCCUCGGUAGCGGGAGCCAGGCCGGGCGUGGGGCGCGGGACCCUGCCCUGCGGGGAGCAGCCGGUGUCGCCCCCGGCGGGCCGCAGGCUGCCGCCCUCCUCCCGCCCGGCGCAGCCCCCCACGGCGGUGCCCGGCCCGGCGCCCCGGCUGCAGGAGCUGGCGGAGGCCCACGAGCGCCGCAUGGCCGAAAUCCGGGCCAGGAGCCGGCAGCUGGAGCGGCAGCGUGAGGAGCUGUGCCGGCGCCUCGGGGAGCUGGCGGGCCGGGAGGCUGUGACAUGGGGCAGCAACGCUGCCAGGGCGCCAGGCAGCCUCCACCUCACCGCCCUCCUGCCAGCCGCCGGGCCGCUGGCCGCCGAGACCAGGGCGCUGCGGCUGGCCUAUCUGCAGGGCGGCGGGCGCGAGCCGGCGGUGCUGGCCCAGCUCCUCGAGCUCCAGGUGGAGGCAGCGGCGCUGGAGCGGGCGGCUGCCCGGCGACACAGGGGCAGGAGGGCCGAGCCGCCGGCGGCUGGCGCGGGGGCCCUGUGUGCGGAGCUGCUGGCCGUGGAGCUGGAGAACCGGCGGCUGGAGGACGAGCUGCUGAGGCUGAAGGUCAGGAAGGAGAGGAGAGCCGACGCCGGCUCGGUGGUGGCCCAGCAGCAGGCGGCGGAGCUGGCUCGGCUGCAGGCCGAGGUGGGGAUGCUGCGGCACCAUGCAGGGCGGCCGGGGCCCCCCCGGCUCCCGCCCCCCGUGGCGCCCCCCAUCCCGCUGCUCCUGCCACCAGUGGCCACGGUAAGAGCGCGGGGCCCCCGGGGACGCACCAGGCUGGGCACCACCGAGCCGCCCGUGCGACCAGUGGCGCCUCUCCAGGCAGAGCCUCGCCUGCACGCAGCAACUGGCAGAGAUGCAGACGCACACGCUGUGCUGGAGGCUGACGCCAGCACCGCGGCCAUGUACCGGUUCCUGCCGGCGGCACCCCAUCAGCCAGCCCUGGGCGCAGGCAGCGCCACAGCCCCCGGCUGCCCACCGGCCCCUGCCAGCUUCCCCCUCGCCCCCUACGUGGCCCUUGAGGACCCCCCUCCGGCUCCGGAGCUGCUGGACCAGCCUCGACCUUCCCGAAGCCCUUUCUAGGUGAAGUUUAACAUGAUGCAUUCAUGACUUGAGCCAGGGACCAGCAGAAAACAGGGCAAGUUUUCCUCUGCUGCAUUGGAUGCUGUACACUGGGUGUUUAAUAAAUGGCAUCAGUCUGUU